CCCAAGCUGAGAGAAGCUUGUUGUUAUAUGAGAUUAAGGUUGAAUAGGUCAGCAAUUUGUUAGAGUUUGUAGGGCAAGUUGUUAGAGUUAGUGGUUGAAUCUAAAUAAGCAUCUCCAGAUUUAGUGGAGGAAGUGCAGUAGUAGUAGAGGAAAACGUGGAGUUGGUUCCAUAGAGAUAGGUUCAUUCCAAUUCAUGCAUCUAAGUGGGGGAAUCAAUUGAAUAGAGGCAGGCAAUUUUCCAGAAAUAGAACCCCUGGUUAUUCUCGCCAAGAAAGGAGAAACUUGGUCCACUCCCGCCAAGAAAAAGGAUUUAUCCAAAUCCAACACGUAUCAUUUGGUAUCAGAGCCGCAAUCCGUGUUUCGAUCACGAUGAGCUCAGAGAAAUCAUCAAGAGAUGAACGCAUCAAUUGAAUGAUGACAUCCUUGGAUAUAGCGAUGGCAGCUUGCCGUAGAGCCAUCAAGGCUUACGAUAGAGUUACCGCACCACCGCCGCAACUUGAAGUUGUCGAUUCAAAAGAGGUUGAGGAAAAAGACACAAUUGAUGUUGUCAACAAAGAGGAGGAUAUUACCUCUCUCAAUGUGCCUUCAGUGCAAGCCAUAGUUCCUGUAACGGAGCUUUCCUUGCAAGAACCUGUCUUCGUUGACAUAUGCAUCAACGAUACCAUCGCUACACCACCUAAGGCCAACGUGCAGUUACGGAUUGAUUCCGCCUACCAAAGGGUUUCAAGUGAUUCUCAAACGAUGGAACAAGGGUUGACCAGUGUGGUUGUUCAGGUUGACGUAGAAAGUCCUCUCUUCUCAAUGACCGGAGUCGCAAACCUAUCCAUUGCUUCAGAAGUUGCCCUGUCGAUCGCCUCAAAUAGCAACAAAAUAGCAUAUCGGGCAGGGGAGAUGAUCCCUCGGGAAGCUGGAUUGAAGGAUGGGAAAGAACGACAAAUCAUUCCAAUUCAAGUUGGCGUUUCAUGGAAAUUCAGAAGGAAAAGGAAGUUGGAGGACGGUGGACAAGAGCACAAUGUAGAAGAAGGAAAUCGUGAAGAUACAGGGUUUGGCAAGAUGGCGGUGGCGGGACUAGGUGUCAAAGACUAGCCCACUACAUCUCCGAUCUCUCCACCUGUGUGCACAACAGAAUUGACAUUGCUCAUCGUUGAACCAAAGUCACCGCUCGAAUCAGCGGCCAAGGCCGGACCUGUUUCACCACACCUCGCUGUAAAGUAUGAAGAACCCUUCUCUCUCUCUCUCUCUCUCCCUUUUCUUUUCACCUCACUCUUCUUUAUAUAGCUCCCGAGUGCUCAUAUCACGGUCUCACUUCACGCCCGUGAAGUAUGUAUUGAAACAGUGAUCUUUUCACAAAGCGUGUCGUUUCAUUAACAUUCUUCACGGUCUUGAGACCGUGAUAAUUCUAACACUCGCAAAUUCCUCAAAGGGCUCUGAAUGAUUUGUACUUUACAGUUUGAGUGUUGACAUCACAGUCUAGGGACCAUGAUCUUGACACUGCUAGCGAAAUGCAAAAAUUCUCUUAGACUUGUGCAGUCUUCACGGUUUGGACAUCCACUUCAUGGUCUGCUACACGUGAUAAUCUCCGUCUGGUCGUCUUUUGUCCAUUUUGCUCCCUUUUUGCCCUCUGUUGUCCGAAUUUCGUUCCCAGUACCAAUUCUACCUGCUAAGGUCCGAAACAUGCCAAAACAAGUACAAACCUAGCAUAAAAUAGCUACAAGGAUGGUGCAAAGACAUCAAACGUCAUAAGGCAAGGGGUAAAAAUGUGUGUAAUCUAUCUAGAAUCACUAGACAUGGCCUGAUGGUGCCUCUAGUGGAAGCUGGCACUCUCCUAGUGUCUUGAGGCUCCCUCUGCACCCUUGGCAUCCUCAUGCUCGACCGGGGUAACACUAUGUGCACGUCAUGAAGGAGAGAAUGGAUUGCAUAAUCCCUUCUUGGAUUAGAGACAACACAACUACACACAAUGAGUCAAUAACAACCGUGAUGCAAGAGUGUGAUAACAAGAUAACAAUAAAUACGAAAAAUAAAGGCAGUAAAGUAAGACUAGAUUAGUUAUCAAUAAAGAUCCCUGAAUAUGGAGCCACAAACUUGACUCACACGCACAAUGCGGUGUGAGAUUUAGAGGAAAAACAAUGCUCACUAACUACUAACCCUAACAAAGGCAAGUAUACCACUGACAUGCUUGUAGUAUAGUGGCUCAGUCGUAUUCCCUAAGGAUUUUCGAUACCCUAGCCUACUCUUGUUAAGCUCUACUGUUAUCUAAUCCACAACUGGUUGGUUUAGGUACUAAGGAAUUGUUUAACUAUAGAAACAAGAAUAGAGAGAAUGAUACUUGGGGUAAACUGCCCAUACUAUAACAUCAAGCAUGAAAUGCCAUCAACGGGUAAACCGUUUAUGGUAAUUGAGGGGCAGAGAUCACUAAAUAGAGAAUUAGAGAUCACUAAAUAGUAAACCGUUUAUGCCAAUCUCACCACAACCGAGUUCAGUGACUAGGGAUAACACCUAUAUCCUCUAAAUGGGUUCGAACCAUCCGUACAAAAGGUCCUUGAUUCGAUGAUCACUCACUAGAGUCACGAUAUUACCUAGAUGAGCUCCUAGUUGGCAGGGGAUGGUUACCUCAUCCACCAACUAGGACUCAAGAUCAACUCACUAAGCUAAGGGUGAUCAUUCACAUACAAUCAAGUACUACUCAAUUUGACCUAGGUCAGAACAUGGCAUAAAAAUAAUCGUACACCCAAACUCAGAAAGAGGCAUUUAAAACUCUAGGUAAACGCAAAUUAACAAUAAAUUCAUAA